AUGUCUCUCUGUGAACUAGCUAGUACAGGAGGUGGGAAGAUCAAAACCACGAAAUUUAGGUUCCAAACACCCAGAGACGCUGGUGGGGAAGGGGAAGAGGGCGGCAAGGGGACCUCACGUGUGGCUCUCCCUCUAGGCCUGCACCCCUCCCCCUGGGAUGAAAUGCUGGGGUCAGGGCCAGGGGCCCGAGUCCACACACACACACACACACACACACACACACACACACACGGCCAGAACACGCUUGCUCUCACACAUACAUACCCAACACACAUGCGCGCGCGCACACACACACACACACACACACACACACACACACACACCAUGUGCACUCAGAUGCACAAGGACACCAACAGCACACACAGUCCACGCACGCAAGUGAGUGCCUAUAGCACUGACACGUUCACCUUAAGGCUGCAGAACGUGGGGCUGGGGGAGGGGGUGGCCUGGAGCCUCCUUCUCAGAGGUCCCACCCCAGUACGUACCAGAGACACCCUUCCCCGCCCCCUCCUCCACCAAGUUCAUGGGGCCCAAUACUGUCUCGGUGCGAGAUGUGUAACAGCCGAGCUGGCACCCCUCUGCUCAGGCAGAGAGAGGGGCAAUGCUGGCCCCAUCCUGGGAGGGGCCAGGGCCAGGCCCGGGGCCAGCAGGAGGUAA